AUUUCCGGCGGGGGGCCGCGCCCAGUGAGGGCCCGGAAGUGGGUCGCGCGAAGAUUGCUGGGCUGUUCUUGCCGGAAGUGGAGAGCGGCUGUUUGCAGUCCGGAGGUGAGGCAGAACUCCGAGGGCAGAACCAGGAUCAGUGGGUGGAAGUUGCAGGGACGCUGAUUUUACGUCCAUAUAAGGAAGAACUUUUAAAUACUUUGAGCUGUCUGAAUGGAAUGGGCUGCCUCCAGAAGUCUCGUGUUCUCCACACUGAAGGUGGUGCAUUAUGGCUGACAUGCAAAAUCUGGUAGAAAGAUUGGAGAGAGUAGUGGGCCGCCUGGAGGCAGUAUCCCAUGCCUCUGACAUGCACUGUGGGUACGGAGACCGUGAUACAAAAGGAACAGUUCCUUAUGUGCAAGCAUUUGACUCACUGCUUGCUGGUUCCGUGGCAGAGUACCUGAAGAUUAGUAAAGAGAUUGGAGGAGAUGUGCAGAAACAUGCGGAGAUGGUCUACAAAGGUCUAAAGUUGGAGCAAGCUCUCUUGGUUACAGCCUCUCAGUGCCAGCAGCCAGCAGCUGAUAAGCUUUCUGAUUUGCUGGCACCCAUCUCAGAGCAAAUCCAAGAAGUGAUAACCUUGCGGGAGAAGAACCGAGGCAGCAAGUUGUUCAAUCACCUGUCAGCUGUUAGCGAAAGUAUCCAGGCCCUGGGUUGGGUGGCAAUGGCUCCCAAGCCUGGUCCUUAUGUGAAAGAAAUGAAUGAUGCUGCCACAUUUUAUACAAACAGAGUCCUCAAGGAGUACAGAGAUGUGGAUAAGAAGCAUGUGGACUGGGUCAAAGCUUACUUGAAUAUAUGGGCAGAGCUGCAGGCUUACAUUAAGGAGUUCCAUACCACCGGAUUGGCCUGGAGUAAAACGGGGCCUGUAGCAAAAGAACUGAGUGGAUUGCCAUCUGGACCUUCUGCUGGAUCAGGUCCUCCUCCUCCUCCACCAGGCCCACCUCCCCCCCCAGUGCCUACCAGUUCAGGCUCAGAUGACUCUGCUUCACGCUCAGCACUGUUUGCGCAGAUUAAUCAGGGAGAGAGUAUCACACAUGCCCUGAAACAUGUAUCUGAUGAUAUGAAGACUCACAAGAACCCUGCUCUGAAGGCUCAGAGUGGUCCAGUACGAAGUGGCCCCAAACCAUUCUCUGCACCUAAACCAGGAGUCAGCCCAUCCCCCAAACCAGCCAUGAAGAAGGAGCCAGCUCUACUUGAACUGGAGGGCAAGAAGUGGAGAGUGGAAAAUCAGGAGAAUGUUUCCAACCUGGUGAUUGAUGACACAGAGCUCAAACAGGUGGCUUACGUAUACAAGUGUGUCAACUCAACAUUGCAAAUCAAGGGCAAAAUUAAUUCCAUUACAAUAGAUAACUGUAAGAAACUCGGUCUGGUGUUCGACGAUGUGGUGGGCAUUGUGGAGAUAAUCAAUAGUAGGGAUGUCAAAGUUCAGGUAAUGGGUAAAGUGCCAACCAUUUCCAUCAACAAAACAGAUGGCUGCCACGUUUACCUGAGCAAGAAUUCCCUGGAUUGUGAGAUAGUCAGUGCCAAAUCUUCUGAGAUGAAUGUCCUCAUUCCUACAGAAGGCGGUGACUUUAAUGAGUUCCCCGUCCCUGAGCAGUUCAAGACCCUAUGGAAUGGGCAGAAGUUGGUCACCACAGUGACAGAAAUUGCUGGAUAAGCGAAGUGCCACUGGGUUCUUUGCCCUUUCCCUCACAUCAUGGGAUAAAUCUGUAUCAAGACGGUUCUUUUCUAGAUUUCCUCUACCUUUCUGCUCUUAAACUGCUUCUCUGCCUUGAGAAGCACAGCUACCUGCCUUCACUGAAAAUAUACCUCAGGCUGAGAUUUGGGGUGGGAUAGCAGGUCAGUUGAUCUUCUGCAGGAAGGUGCAGCUUUUCCGUAUCAGCUCAACUACAUUGCCAGUCUAUUCUUAAGGAACUACAGACCAGAACUGGCAUGUUUUAGCUUUCAGCCUUUGGGGAUUAUUUAGCCAAAAGCAGUCUCCAGGAAUUAACAGCUCAGAAAGUUCACACAAGUUAAUCUUUUCCUAACAAUGAGCAUGAAGGUAGCAGAAGUUGGUGAUUGCAGCUGUUUAAUUUUUCACUGUUGACAAAUGAGGCAAGGAUUGGACUGGACCAAAGGCUGAAGCUUGGCCAUGUAGCAUUCCAAGCAAAAUUGUUUCCUGUAAGCAAUCCUUUUAUUCUCCAUUCCAUCUUGGCUCUGCCUGAACCUGAGAUAGUAGGUUCUCCUGUACCAGCUGCUGUGGCAGGGCCCUGUACCCAGGCCAGUUAAAGGAGUCUUGGACUCUUUCUGUGGGAUCCUUGCCCAGUACCUUCCAGAGAUGACUUAAAAAGAAAAACACCACACCAUUCUUCUUGCCAUGCUAGGUGCCUGUCAUCCAUCUUCACUGUUUCCUUUGCCCUGUCAUGCUCAACAGCUUUUGGCUUCUGUCCAGGCACCUGAACAAAGGACUAACAUCUCCACUGCAGACUGGUUUUAGGUCUUAUGUAAGACUCUUGCACAGCAUUGCUAAUGUAAAUUUCAGUUUUUCCCUCUAGGACACACACUUACCAAAAUAUGCAACUUUUUUUUGGAAGAGAGAUUGUUCUGUGACUUCUACCCAUUUCCUGAGGCCUGUGGAAAUAAACCUUUAUGUACUUAAAGUUAUACAGAAAAUAGAAUAAAAUUAAUACCAAACUUG